GCUUUUUCAAAAAGAAAACCCUUAACUCUAGUUGAUUUUUGGUUUCUUUUUUAAGGAUCUUUUGUGUUGGGUGUGACUUUGUGGGAUUUUUCUCUCUCUCUCUUUUUUUUUUUUUUCUAUAUCUGCAAUGUCGGUUACACAAGGAAAAUCUCUCUUUCUUUUGAGUAAAUGCUAAAAUAGAAGAGCAAAAAACUUGUGAAUCAUUAUUGUAAAUGCUCUUUCUGGGGUUUUAGUUAAAAAAGAACCCCAUUUUUGAAAGAUCAUUGGGUUUUUUUCUAAUGGGGUUUAAUGUUUGAUUCUAAAAGAAAUGCACUUUCAAGGGCAUUUCUUUUUUGUUUCACUUUCUGCUGAAGUGACUGUUUUUUUUUUUUUGUAGGGGAAAUGACUGCUUUUUUUACUGUUUUAAAGCUUUUGAUUAUGUAUAAACCACAUUGAAAGCUGUUGUUUCAGUUCAUCUUUCGUGUUCAAGGUGAGAUCUUCAUGAUUUUCAGUGUAUCAAAUGCUUGCUUGAAAUAUUUCAAAGGGUCUGAAUUUUUUUAGCUAUUAAAGAACAAUUUUGUGUCUCAAUUUGGAUCCAAAGAAAAAAAAAGAUUAUUUAGGAGAUGGAUUUCUUGAAAGUUAAGAAGUUUAGGAAAGCUCAUAAGCCUGACCCUGAAAAGGAUUUGGAGAAUAUCAAUGAUGGUGGUGGUGGUUGUGGCGGCGGCGGCGGCGGCGGCGGUUCUGAUGGUGGUCGUGACAAUGAUGUGAAGAAAUCAUCCAAAGUUGACAAUGGUGUUGAAGUUGAGGAUGAUGAUGAUGAUGAUUUUAUAACCAAUGAAGUGAAAAGGAGAUUAAAAGAACUUAGAAAAAACAGUUUUAUGGUACUGAUUCCUGAGGAGGAAGAAGAAGAGUUGUACACCGAGGAUGACGGAGAGGAGGCUGGUGGCGAGACGUGCUCCAGUGAAUGGAGGGAUGUCGAAGCCGAAGGUCGACAAUGGUGGGGUGGAUUCGAUGCUGUUUACGAGAAGUAUUGCGAGCGUAUGUUGUUCUACGAUAAGAUUAUUGCACAACAGCUCAAGGAAGCUGGCUCCUCAAAUCCUUCAACUCCAUCCCCGAAAUCUGCAAAUAAGAAACUUCGGUCCCCCUUGAGUUGCCUUUCCUUGAAGAAGAUCGAAGAACCUGAUGAAGAAGCCGAGCAACUACAACAGUCUAUUAAUAACCCGUUUCAGGAUCUCGAAACAGCAUAUGUUGCUCAAUUUUGCUUAACAUGGGAGGCACUUCAUUGCCAGUACUCGCAACUCAGUCAGAUAGUUUUGUGCCAACCUGAGAAUCCCAUCUGUUACAACCACAGUGCUCAGCAACUUCAACAAUUCCAGGUCUUAUUACAAAGGUUUAUCGAAGAUGAACCUUUUCAGGAUGGUCCCAGGUCAGAAAUCUAUGCCCGAGCUCGAAAUAUUUUACCUAAGCUUCUUCAAAUUCCAAACAUUCAAGGUUCAGAUCGGAAGGAAAAGGUGGAAGAAGAAUCAGAUUAUUCGGUCCUUGCCCCGGAUAUCAUCCAGAUUAUUGAGUCCACAAUCUUGGUAUUCCGACUUUUUUUAAAAAUGGACAAUAAAAAACAUGGUAGUUUUCGUAACUUGUUCGGAAACCAGAACCCAAUGGCUACCCCUCUUCAAGUUCAAUCAUUGUUAGAGAAGAAAGGCGCAAAGCUGAAGGAGCUGCGUAAGAAACGGAAAGGAUGGAAAAAGAAUAUGUGGCCGAUAUCGCACGAGGAUGUUCCGUUGUUGUUUGGGCUUAUUGACAUUAAAAUAAUAUCAAGGGUUCUUCGGAUGGGAAGGAUAAGUAAAGAGCAGUUGUUUUGGUGUGAAGAGAAGAUGAAAAAGCUUCAUUUUUGUGAUGGGAAAUUGGAGAGAGAUCCUUCACCCAUACUUUUCCCUGUUUUGAUUAAAGGUUAGGUGUUGUGUAAAGCUAUGUUACUUUUUCCCUUGUUUUGAUGCACAGUUUGCUACUGAUUUUCCCUUGGAUGCAACUCGUUCGACUUUUAUGUUAUUUGGAUUUGGAAGUAGAUAUGAUAUGGACUUACGUUAUUUGGA